UGAAAACACAAGAAACCUCAGGGGGUGUUAGUGUAAAUAUUGCUGAAGUGUGAGAGAAAUUAUUAACGUUGAUAUUUUAUGAUAUUAUCGAUACUUAUAUGUGUAUGGAUAUAUUCCAAAUAUUCUAUACCUAAAAAAACAAUAAUAACAUCAAUAUUUCAUCGAUAUUAUUGAUAUUUUAUUCCUUGCACAUAAUUAUAAAUUGACCAAACUCCAGAUCCAUAACCCAAAAAAAAGAAAAGAGAAGUUCAAUGGAGAAAGCACAAAGAGACCGCAAAGCUCAUUGUUUGGUCUUGCCCUUUCCAAUCCUCCAAGGCCACGUCAAUCCCAUGCUCCAAUUCUCUAAGCUUUUACAUCAUAAAGGAAUCAAAGUCACACUGGUCACAACCAUUUUUGUCCACAACACAUUAAUGCAUGGAUCAUCAGGAUCCAGCUGCAUUGCUCUGGAAACCAUUUCAGAUGGCUAUGACCAAGGCUGGAGGGAAGAAGCUGAAGGCAUCGAUGCCUACUUAGAGCGCUUCUGGCAAGUAGGACCUAAAACUCUAGGCCAGCUCAUUGAGAAGCUUUCAAACUCAGGCUUCCCAGUUGACUGCAUUGUUUAUGAUUCAAUGGUGCCCUGGUCUUUAGAUGUUGCCAAGAAAUAUGGGAUUGCUGGGGCCUCUUUCUUAACUCAAUCUUGUGCUGUUGACAAUAUUUUGUACCAUGUCCACAAAGGAUUGCUCAAACUUCCUGUUGUUGAUGACCAGUCGGAAAUUUCACUUCCUGGGUUGCCACCACUUCAAUUUUUGGACAUGCCAUCUUUUCUCUAUGAUUCUGGGUCUUACCCUGGUAUCUAUAAAGUGGUUGUGGGUCAGUUCUCCAACAUUCACAAAGCUGAUUGGGUCCUAUGCAACUCAUUUUAUGAGUUGGAAGAACAAGUGGUGGAUUGGAUGGCUACGUUUCUGCCAUUGAAGACCAUUGGACCAACCAUACCAUCCCAUUACUUGGACAAGAGACUUGAGGAUGACAAACAAUAUGGUGUCAGCCUCUUCAACACCAACAAUGAUGCCUGCAUGAAAUGGCUAAAUGAGCAGCCAAAAGGGUCGGUUGCUUACGUCGCGUUUGGCAGCGCAGCACAACUUGGAGUUGAGCAAAUGGAGGAACUGGCUUGGGGUUUGAGGAGGAGCAAAAGCAAGUUUUUGUGGGUGGUUAGAGAAGCAGAAGCAGCAAAGCUCCCAAAGGGGUUUGUGGAGGAGACAUCAGAGAAGGGUUUGGUGGUUUCAUGGUGCCCCCAGCUUGAAGUUUUGGCAAAUGAGGCUGUUGGGUGCUUCAUAUCACAUUGUGGUUGGAAUUCUACUUUGGAGGCCUUCAGUUUGGGGGUGCCAGUUGUGGCAUUGCCACAAUGGACCGACCAAAGCACAAAUGCCAAGUUUAUUAUGGAUGUGUGGAAAAUUGGGGUCAAGGCUUUGGCUGAUGAGAAAGGAGUGGUUAGGCAGGAAGAAGUAGAGCAUUGCAUAAGUGAAAUAAUGGAGGGAGAGAGAGGGAAAGAAAUGCAAAGGAAAGCCCUUGAGUGGAAAGAACUGGCUAGAAAGGCAGUGGAUGAAGGUGGAAGUUCAAGCAAUAAUAUUGAUGAGUUCAUUUCAAAGCUGGUCUUAUCAAGAGAGAAAAGGUGUGCUUGUGAAAAAUAGCAUGUGGUUUUAAGGUUAAAGUUCGAAUCAUCUCCUCUGUUGACGUCUUUUAUAAUAAAAAGAAAUAAAACUAGACAAGUGAGUCAAUUAAAAAGUAGAUUACAGAUGCUCUAAAAUGAUGAAAUUUCAUUGUAACGAGGACGGUGGAACUCAAUAUUCUGUAGCUAUUGUAUUAGAAAACCAUUGUUGAUUUACAGUGAAUACCUGAAACAAGAUGUUGGUUUAUCACUUUUUCUUUUUA